ACCAGCUCCUCCUCCUGUGUGUGGCUUCCCGACCAGUAUCCUUGACCGUGAACAGUUUCGCUGAGGACACUUUCUCACUCUCCUCCCCCCCCCCCUCUCCCGAACCAGGCGGACAAUCGGGCGUCAUUAUUCCAUAUCACCUAGAGAAGGAUUAGGGUCGGAUAAGGUCUCCACGCUCCCAUACCCCCCAACCCAAUCUCUGCCAGCGCGUGGAUACUUGGCUGUCUUUGCCCUGCUUGCACUUAUCUCUGGGUAUCUGGGUGAUGAUCGCCGCUCAUACCCUACAACAUGCCACGGCGGGGAUAACUUGCGCAUCUUGCACCUCGCCAGUUCAACUUCACCUGGAGGAAUUACAGCUGGCGAUGCGCACUGACCCGACCCAGGAGCCGGAUACCCUAAAAAACAUCCGAGUAGAGUUCAGGGAACUCGGGGAGAAAAACACGGGAGUGGAGGACGACAAUGAGACAGGCUUUUCUGUCGAGGAUGUCCCCCAGUUCCCUCAAGAUGUUAGUUUGGAUGGAGUUAGUGCAGAGGAAGAUGCACCAGGGUCCAGGGAAGAGAGCCACGGCGGCAGCGACGAGGCAGUGGAGCCCGAGAAGGCUGAGGAGGCUGCGCUACGGAGAGCGAAGAGAAGCGGUCCUGAGUUUGCAGAGUUCAGCGAAGACAAGCACGGGCGGAGCGGCCGCGCUGGCGUGGAUGCGCGCGCUCCGGAGGGGGGUCGGGGCUCAUUGUUUGACGGAGUCAAGCAGAGCAGGUCCGAGUUCAGAUGGAACAGGGAUGAAGGGGGGAGAGCGGAUAACCGGCAAGAUGAGCCCAAGAUCAGCAGCAGCACUUUCUCUCUGACGGGGGACUCUGCGCAUAACCACGCGGUGGUUUACUGGUCGGGGCAAAACAGCAGCGUGAUCCUGAUUCUAACCAAGCUGUACGACUUUCAUAUUGGCAGCGUCACUGAGAGCACUCUUUGGAGAUCUACUGACUAUGGCUCUACAUAUGAGAGAAUGAAUGACAAAGUCGGAUCCAAGACUGUCCUGAGUUACCUGUACGUCUGUCCAACUAACAAGAGAAAGAUUAUGGUGUUGACAGAUCCAGAGUUCGAGAGCAGCGUGCUCAUCAGCUCUGACGAGGGAGCAAGUUACCAGAAGUACCGCCUCGCUUUCUACGUCCUGAGUCUGUUAUUCCACCCCACUGAAGAGGACUGGGCCCUAGCCUACAGCCAUGACCAGAAGUUGUACAGUUCAUUGGACUUUGGAAGAAAAUGGCAGCUCAUCCACGAACGCGUCACGCCAAACAGAUUCUACUGGUCUGUCUCCGGGCUCGACAAGGAGCUAGAUCUGGUCCACAUGGAGGCACAUACGCCAGAUGGAAAUGUGCAGUAUGUCACAUGCAGAGCUCCAAUGUGCACAGAAGCUAACAGGAACUACCCAUUCCCUGGAUACAUCGACAUCAGCUCUUUGGUGGUUCAAGAUGACUACAUAUUCAUACAGGUUCCUACAUCAGGACGAGCCUCCUAUUAUGUGUCCUACAAGAGAGACUCAUUUAUUCAAAUCAAACUACCUAAAUAUUCGCUGCCCAAGGAUUUACACAUUGUCAGCACAGAUGAGAAGCAGGUCUUUGCCGCGGUGCAGGAGUGGAACCAGAACGACACCUAUAACCUCUACCUGUCCGACACCAGAGGGAUCUACUUCACCUUGGCCAUGGAAAAUGUCAAGACCACUAGGGGCAUCGGAGGGAACCAGAUGCUGGAUCUGUACGAGGUGGCAGGAAUUAAAGGCAUGUUGAUUGCUAACAAGAGGCAGGACAACCAGGUCAAGACCUACGUGACCUACAACAAAGGCCGGGACUGGAGGCUGCUGCAGGCUCCUGCAGCCAACCUGGAUGGAAACGAAAUUCACUGCAUACUUCCUUUCUGUUCACUCCAUCUCCAACUGCAAAUGUCAGAGAACCCUUACUUGUCAGGAACAAUCUCCACCAAGAGUUCUGCGCCGGGGAUCCUAGUUGCCACGGGAAACAUCGGAGCAGAGUUGUCUUACAACAACGUUGGCAUGUAUAUAUCGUCUGAUGCUGGCAAUAGCUGGAGACAGAUUUUUGAAGAGGAGCACAAUGUGUGGUUUCUAGACAAAGGAGGAGCCCUCAUUGCUGUCAAACAGCCUUCUGUGCCAACCAGACACUUGUGGGUCAGCUUUGACGAGGGGAGACAGUGGACCCAACACAGCUUCUCCUUGGUGCCUCUGUUCGUUGAUGGAGUCUUGGUGGAGGCUGGGGCCGAGAACCAGAUCAUGACAUUUUUUGGACACUUCAGCCAUCGUUCUGAGUGGCAGCUCAUCAAGAUAGACUACAAGUCCAUCUUUAGCAGGAAAUGCACAGAUGAAGACUAUGAAACCUGGCACCUGCACAACCAGGGUGAGCCCUGCGUGAUGGGACAAAAACAGAUGUACAUGAAGCGCAGGCCUGGAAACUACUGCAUGCUGGGAAAGGACUACUCCAGAAUCCUCUCAGCUGAGUCCUGUAUUUGCCGAGCUCAUGACUUUGAAUGUGAUUAUGGAUAUGAGCGGCGCGGCGACGGGAACUGCCGGCCUGCCUUCUGGUUCAACCCCUCCACUGUCUCCAGAAGCUGCAGCCAGGGUCAAAACUACCUCAACAGCACAGGUUACCGUAAAGUGGUGUUGAACAACUGCACUAAAGGAGUUAAAGAACUAUACACGGCCAGAAAGCAGCCGUGCCCCAACAGGCCUCCUAAAGGACUCACGCUGACAACCAAAGACGGCAAGCUCACCGCCAACCUGGGUAGCAACGUCACCUUCCUGGUUCAUCUAGAUGAGGGUGACUCUAUGCGCACCAACAUCCAGCUGGAUUUUGGCGAUGGCACAGCCGUGUCCUAUUCCAACCUGAGCUGGACCGAGGAGGGGAUCAAACACGUGUACAAGUCUGCCGGAAUAUUCCGUGUCACAGCGUUGGCAGACAACAUGCUGGGUUCUGACGCCACAACUCUCUUCCUGCAUGUCACAUGUCUAGUUGAGCAUGUCCAGCUUCUCGCUCCCUUCGUAGUCAUAAAGAACAAGGAGGUGAACAUCACAGCAGUGGUCUUACCCAGCCACCCACGGACUGUUACUUACUUCUGGUGGCUAGGCAACAAUACUGAGCCUGUGAUAACACUGGACGGGAGUAUUUCAACCUUCUCCAUGGACGGAAUGCACACCAUCACAGUCCAGGUGGCUGCAGCCAACACCAUACUGCAGGACACCAAGACCAUAGCAGUCAAAGAAUUCUUCAAAUCGCUACUUUUAUCUUUCUCCCCGAAUCUGGAUGAGUUCAACCCCGACGUACCCGAGUGGAGACAGGAUGUGGGGAGAGUAAUUAAGAAGGCUCUGCUUCAAGUGUCCGACUUCCCGGAGGGGCAGCUCUUGGUAGCCGUAUUUCCAGGAGUUCCAACAGCUGCUGAGCUCUUCCUGUUACCUCACAAGAACCAAUCAGAGGGCAGAAAAAAGAGUGAGGAGGAGCUAGAGCAGGUAUCCAAUAUAAUUGUAAGCGCGCUGAACCAAAACUUGGUGGAGUUCGAAGUCACUGGUAUAAGGGUGAUUGUUUACAACACACAAUUAACAUUGGCACCCUUGGUGGACUCCAACCCAAGACACAGCAGCUCAGCUAUGCUCAUGCUCCUAUCAGUGGUGGUCCUGGGCCUAGCAGUGUUCCUAAUCUACAAAUUCAAGAGAAAAAUUCCUUGGAUCAACAUAUACGCUGAGGUGAACCAGGAGAAAGAGCAGGAGAUGAUCGGCUCGGUGGGCCAGGGUGACAGCACGCCUAAAAUCACUCUGAGUGAGUUCUCCACAUCCAAAGAACUCAUGGAGAAGGAACUGGAUGCCAGGGUCAAAAGGGGAGUUGGAAAUGCCUGCGAGAGCACAAGGGAGAUUCCAAACUGUACUAGCGUGUAAAAGCGGAGAGCAACAGUUUAUGUACAGAGCAAAGUAUUGCAGUGUCGGAGGGGUUCUCUUUUUCUGUUUUGUAAUUCUCAACACAACUGAUGUUAAUAGUUUUCUAAGGGACCUCAUUUAUACAGACUUGCACGGAUGCCUCGUUCAAAAACAUCCAUGCAGCAAAUGUCAAUUUGCUCAAUGAGAUCAUUGUAAUUACUGGCAAGACUUAUUCCGUUUUGUGGAUGUGUAAGCUACAUAACAACAUUGAUUUGCAGAGUGAAAUAUCUUUCGUCAAAAACCAUCAAGAGUUAUGUAAAUUUCCUAAGGAGUUUGCUUCGAAUAUCAUUUCUGCCAAUAUAUAGACUAUAAUGUCAAUCAAACAGGGAAUAUUGUUGAAAUGUACAAUACUAUCAUCUGUUCUGUUAAAUGUAUAUAUUAUUACUUUCUACAUGCCUGUAGUCUGAGUACCAUGGCGAAGACACAGGAUCUGACAAUGAUCUGUUUUGAAAGUGUGUUAAAAAGUCAAACAUUACUUAAAGAAAUCAACUUUGUUUUGCUAAGGUCCUUGACAUGUGCAUGUUCUUAUUGAGGACACGAUUUCUGUGUUGUAGAUAAGCAAGUGUUGUAAAUAGUUAUUUUCUAACCAUUUGUCAAAAAACCCCAAUCGAUUUUGCCCAGAAUUUGGUUGCGCUCUCAUUUUCUUCAGUUGCUGUUGGGCGAUAUGUACCUAGUAGAACGGGUUUAUAGAACAGUAUUGGCUUAUUGCAGAUUUAACUUCCAACCAUUUCCCUAGAAAUUAAAUGAAAAAGAACAAUGUAAACAUAUUCAUGUUCAAUGUGUUUAUAUUUUCAUUAGACAUAUACAGUAGAUAUUCAGACAUUUUUACACAGAUGACAUUUAUAUAAAACAUUAUUUGCCAUUAGAAUUAUUGCAUAACAUCCCGCCUCUUGGACAAUGGCUCUGAUAGUUCUGAUUUGAUUAAGAUAUUAAGAAUAGUUAUUCUAUUGUGGCUACCAGUGAUCAAAUUCACAAUAGUUACAUGAUGGGAGAACCAUGAUGACAUUUAUGCCAAGGUAUUCAACAAGUUAGAUCCAACCAGGCAAUCUGAUUGGUCUAGACAUUUUAGAAUGUGUUAAACUCAGCAUGACAACACACCCACACCAUGUUCAUCAAUACAAAUAUUACUCCGCCACUUCCAUGUCAACAUUACAGAGUUGAAUUAAAAACUGGUUUUGAAACAUGUACAAUAUAUGCAUCAGGAACCAACCACCUAUUUAGGAACCAACGUGGAACACACACAAGCUCUCCAAAAUAUUCAUAGUAGUUCAUGCUACAUGUGAAGUUCACGGCGCUAAAUCAAUAAACUUUUUUCUUCAUUUGAUUAUUAUUAUUUCAUUUUUUGAGCUAGCCAAGCAGUUUUGUGUUCAUGUGCGGUAUUUAUUCAGUUGGCCUACAAAGCUAACGUUAGCUUAAGUUGGCUUGCUGGCUAUUCAGGGUGGGACUUGUUAUCCUCUUUGUGGCUUUUUUACUUUGCCUCACAAUAUUGGAAGUUGGAUUAUAACCCUUUAUUUUGUUGGUAACCGUAUGAUUUGACGUCAUAUUAUUGGCACUUCAGUGAUUCCUAGGGCUCCUGCACACUGCCUGCGUGGCAUGAGCAUGUCAGCUGCAUGACAUGUCCGUUUUUAUUUUGGCUCCCACGGUAACAGAUUAGUAAGAGAUUACUUGCGCAUGCACAGAUUUAAACGGUUUACGGCAUAACAUGUCAUACUAAAAUUUGGGAAAUCCAUGAAAUUAGAAACUUUUCUCAUUACAAACAAUAACAGAAGACGGGAAUCAUUUCAGAAACGUUGUAGCUAUCUAUGAUUAUUUGAUUGCUAAUGUUAGCUCAAAACGCCCAUCAAGUGACAGUCUUUGUUGGGUUUAAUUGCUAGCUUGUAGCUAAGCUAACAGUCCUUUCAAAAACGUUGCAGCUAUCUAUGAAUGAUUGCUAACGUUAGCUCCAAACAACAUUCACUUUUGUUGAGUUUGAUGCUAACUUGUAGCCAGCAGUGAACCAACUUGGUUAAGUAGGUCCAUUUUUACUGUAUUGACACUACUAAAGUCUCUCGUUAGCAUCUUAUAGGCUACUUGUCGCAAAGGGAUGCAUGGCGACUCAGAUCUGCACUUGACUCACAUCCAGGAGUGGCAGCGGUUACAGGCUAAAUAGGUAUACGAAAUUAUGUUUAUAUGUCAUUUGGAUGUUUGAAAGUCUCUAGGUUUUGAUGUGAAUGCAGAUAUAAAUGUAAUUAAAAAAUAAUAAUUUUCGAUUUUCAAAUUUUGUAUGUACAAACUCCAAAAUGUUGACAAAAUAAAGUUGAAGAACACACUAUUAUUUAAUUUAUCAAUGGGAGACAUAUGUGUACAGACAAGGCUAGCCACGCAAGAAAUCGCCACGUAACAGAAACGCCAUGAACACGCCACGCAGGCUGUGUGCAGGACCUAGCCGCAUCACUGUCGGGCCAAUAAUUACGUUAAAUUACACUCAUUGCUUGACUAUAAAAUGGGAUAAUAUAGGAAGAGGGUUAGGUUCUGAUUGCUGGUUCCAUUUUUGAUUCAGUUCCUGGUUGACAAAAUACCAAGUUGAAUAUAUAUAUAUAUAUAUAUAUAUAUAUAUAUAUAUAUAUAUAUAUAUAUAUAUAUAUAUAUAUAUAUAUAUAUUUGGGUGAGUUAUUUCUGAAUGCAGAAUACUAUUGAUACCCAUCUUUUGAUACCCAUCUCUAAGAAGGCCUAAAUAAUAUAGAUAUUUUAGAGGAUAUAACAUUGUUACUGUUAUAUUGAAUGUAGAAUAUUAAAAUCAAACUCAUUAUUUUGGGGUGUCUGCUUUAUGCAGCUUGAGGACUAUUUUAUAUUUGACAGCUGCAAUAGUCUCACAAACAUUUUCAUUCACAUGAAGAAAAAAAGUUCUUAAUAUAAAGACAUGAACAAUUUGUAUUGAUUUAGACAUUUCAGUGUUCAACUACGCUGUGUUGAUGCAAAGAAUCUCCCUGGUGCCAUCAGGCGUCUUUAACAACCAAACACCUGACUAACUGCUGUGCAUUUAAUUUUAAAUUACGGAGUAGCAUCCUCCCAGCAUGCAACUCUCCAUCAGCACUUUGUUCCUGCAAAAAGAGCCUGCGUGUCCUCGCGUGGACACCCGUCGGCCUUCUGGUUUCCAGUACAAGGAUGAUAAGUGAACUCUGGACAGCUGAGCAGACGUUGCCCCAUGCAGAGCUUUCCCACAAUGCUCAGCUCAAGUAAACAACACCGCAUAAUGAUAUAGGCUGUCACAUCACAUAUGCAUUACCUCAAACAGACCGUUCACAUCUCAAACCAAACAGCCAAGCCUUGUUACUGCAGACAGAUUACCCAUUGAACAAAGAUUGUUUCAUAGCUUUGUAUUCAACACAUGUGAUAAGCAAAGGGUUGUUUGCUGGGCGGGAUUUGCUUUGGUUUGGGGGCUUUGACGGUUCCACUUUUUCUCUGAUUCUUCUUAGCAAAACAGGAUUAGGAGAAACAGAAAGCGAGCGAUCGAAACGCCUUUGCCGAGUGCAACCCAAAGCAUACGUUUAUUGCAUUUCUUCUUUUCCUCUUAGACCAUUUGAAAAGAAUGUAUGAUGACUACUGACUAGCUUUGGAGCAGCUGUUGCUGGGUAAGAAAUGGGAAAAGUGUGUAAAGAUAGUAAAAAAUUGCUACAAAAAGUGUUGUGUUGCUUUAUACCUUCAUAUACUCUUGGAACUGUCACCAGUAAAACCAACUUGUACACAUUGGGUCAUUUCCUCUACUUUGAUCACUGGAAAUUGCUGUCUCAUCUCAUAUCUUAAAUGCCACAUUAUACUGUAAGAACCAGAUCUCCAGAGGAAUCCAUACUUGAAAAAUGAAAGACAUUCAUGCUUUUGUGAUAUUUCAGAAGGCAUACGCAUUGUGAUGUUCUUCAGUGCACAAAAAUCUACAAUGCAUGCAUCAUCAGUAAUGUUCUGUUUCAUCUUUAUUUCGAUAUUUCUACGGUUAAAGAAACUGUCAUUUUGAAAUUGUUUCAAAUAAAUGUAUUUUUGUACAUCAGUG